CCAAAUUUAAUGAUAAUUGGUUUACAUGUUCGCCGUGUUGCAACUAUUGGAUACAGUACUUAAUAACCAAUGAUGAAGGUAUACCUGCUCGGCGCGCUUUUCCUGUUGGUUGUACACCAGGCGGCAGCACAGGGUCUAUUCGGAUCUAGAGCCGCCGGGGGUGGUGAGCCGGCUGAGGGAGCCGAGGGAGCAGGUGGAGCUGGCGGGGAGGGCGGCGGUACCAAUCCUGGUGGCAUUUUUUCGGCGCUUCUGGGUGGAUCGGCCGGUGGUGGCGGUGAAGGCGGAGAGGGCGGAGGUACCAAGCCUGGUGGCAUUUUUUCUGCGCUUCUGGGUGGAUCGGCCGGUGGUGGCGGUGAAGGCGGAGAGGCGGCAGAAGGAGGCGCCCCUGGCCCGCGCAAUCCGAUGCAAAACGUGUUGUUGGCGUACUUGAUGGAACAACGGAUGCAACGGAUGCAGCAAAUGCAGCAAAUGAAGCGCAUGCAGCAGAUUCAGAGGAUUCGGGAGGCGCAACGGAUGCUGCAGGGCCUUGCUAGAGGGGAUCCGUAUAACCAUGAUCACUUCUCUUGGGCUGGCGCACUAAUGCGCGCAUACGUACUCGACCGCGUGUUUGAACUUAUUGGCAGUGAGUGAAAGGAUGUGUUUGGCUCCUAAGCGACCGGUCACUUCCGGUGUCUGACUGUUUUAAACUAGCACCGGAUGUUCAUUUUUGUUUCAUGGAAAGUAUUGUUGCUUAAGAUGUCUCAUUUCGCAUAUUUGUUUAUUAAAAGGCUGUUUUAAGUCUUAAAUAACGAAAAUACAUACAGUAAUAUAAAGUUUAAAACUUACUUAAAUUGGUGCAGAACACAUCACAUUUAUGAUAAAUGGUUAGGUAUGUAUGACUUUGCACAAGACCUAUGUGUUAUGCGUUUCCAAUAAAUGAUGUACUUUAUAACUUGUAAUGUACACAUGAUUUUUUGUUUUUAUAGUUUUUGUCUAUUUCGAAAUGCAAAUAAAUAAAAAAAUAUUGAAACACACAA